AUGUUCUUCAAGGCAUAUAAAUUAAAAUCUAACAACACCUUAAAAAAUUCAGAAAAAAAACAUUUAGCGCAGCGUAUUUUAAAUGAAUUCCCUGCUGCUACAGAUGAGAAAGUGAAAGAGCUGGUGCCAGUAAAAUCAAAUAGCAGCUGUAUGAAAUUAAUUCUACAUUCGGGUGAAACAGUCGGCGUAUACGUGGUGGAUAGCGUACCUGUGAUGAUAGAAACUGGAGAUGCUUUGGUGCCUACUGUAUGUGCUCUAUGGAAAGUGCCUGACCUCCUACCGACUCUCAUUGUUCAUUCUCCAGUGUUAUCCAAGCUUGCAGGGGGUGCACCACUGUACGCGCCGGGGGUAACAUUAGCAGAUCCAGUAACAUUCCCGCGCUUUUCCCGUGGCUCUCUUAUUGCUGCUGCUACAGUUGACAAUGGCGCUGCAGGGGCUGUAGGUCAUGCUGCUAUUUCUUCUUCAGAUCUGCUGAGGACCAGUAUGGGUGUCUGCAUGGAACCUUUACAUGUAUAUGGGGACUUGCUUAGCAAAGAACCUAAGUUCACAAAGCUUGAAAGGCCAAAGUUUGAUCCCCCCACUUAUAAUGACAUGGCUGACAAUAUUACUAUGGAUAUAGCUCAGCUAAGCAUCCAACAACCAAUUAAAGAGGAAUGGCCCAGCUUAGUAAAAGAGGACAUCAAACAACCAGAAAAACCUACACCCUCCCCGGUUUUAAAUGCACCAAGAAUAAUCCCAGAUGAAAUAUCAAAUGUCGAUUGCAAUGAAGAAUUGGAUUUAGACGACACAGCUAUCACAGAUACCUCGCAAAUUGAAGAAGAUCCAAUACCGACAGACAUGGACGAACUGCUCAAAUGGUGCCUCCUGUCCUUUAUUAAACUGGAAGGGAAGAAUAUAGAACUGCCCCUCAAAACCAACCUACUAUAUAAGAAUCAUCUGAUACCUCUGUGCCCUCCGGACCGAACGUUAGAUGUAAAAAAGUCGAGUUACAAAAAAAUGGGCAAAUUCCUUGAAGCCAUGCAAAAGGAAGGCCUGCUAGAGGUGCGUGAGAUCGAAAAGGGCGUGUCCGCGCUGGUGGCCGUGUCCUGCGCGCACCCGCUGCUCCGAGAACACCGCGCGCCCGCGCGCCGCGCCGCCGCCCGCCCCGCCGCGGCCGGCCCCGCGCCGCCGCUGGUGCGGGACCUCUACUGCAUCACUGCCAAUGUCACUGAACUCUUCGCACCCCUCAGGAAAGGCACAGCUCUAUCGGCGGCGGAUGUUCGGUCCACCCUUACCGAAUAUGUGAAGACGAGAGGACUUAACAGCACACAGCAGCGAGGAGCCGUUGCGUUGGACCCACUGCUGGCAAAGAUUACUGGACAACAGGAACAGGAAACCAUAAAAUGGGAAGGACUUAUGACUGCUGUCUUGAACAAAAUGACUCCCAGCACAGAGCUCCAGUUUUCUGAUGGAACUGUUAAAAUUAUCAAAAGCAAGCUCGAGCCUAUCAAAAUGCAAGUUGCUACCAGGAGCGGGAACAAGAAGGUAACACUAGUGUCAAACUUAGAAGCAUAUGGCUUCAACCUAUUAGAAAUGGCGCGAGUGUGCCAGCAUGGUGUGGCUGCAUCAUGCGGAGUGACAAGGACUCCAGGAGCAAAGUGUGACCAACUGAUGGUGCAGGGUGAUCAGACACACUUCAUAGCAAAACUGCUGAUCGAGAAGUAUGGACUACCCAAGAAAUAUCUCGAAGGUGCCGAUAAAGCUUUAAAUAAGAAAAAGUGA